AUGGCUGAAGGUACACCUUCUGAAGCGGCCGCAACGAGCUCGCAAAUACACCCGUUGCUUCGUCAGAGAAUGUUGAAUCGUGCGGCCACCUUUUCCGAAGGAGCACAACCUUUUCAACCUCCAAAUCGACGUCGAAGCUCCAUCCUUUCCGAUUAUUCAGACACGCGACCCUCGUUCCGAUCCUCAACCGACAACCUCCUGCGUCCUGGUGGGCAUGAUGCGGAGAAAAUGAGCACCUCGGAGGAACCCUCCUUUUGGCACUCUGCCCCUUUGGCUUUUGCUAUUCUGCCCGCACUGGGCGGUCUCCUGUUCCAAAACGGCAGUGCUGUCGUUACCGAUGUUCUUCUCUUAUUGUUUGCGUCCAUGUUCCUGAACUGGUGUGUCCGAGCACCAUGGGAUUGGUAUUAUGCUGCACAGUUGGUGCAAUAUAUAGACGAUGAUGAGGACGAGGAUAUGGAGCCUCCAAAUGAUACGAUCCCCGAAGGGGUCGAAGAUGGUCCGGACGCCAACGACACCGACAAUGUCGACUCACAGAUCCCAUCACCAGCAAACUCUAAAGAAACCGCUUCUGGCGCAUGUCAACCGACCGCCGCACAGAAUGAGGCAUACCGUGAAUUGGCGAGAGAUGAGAUCAUGGCUCUUAUUGCUUGUUUUAUAGGACCAUUACUAGGAACUUACCUUCUUCAUGCCAUCCGAUCACAGCUUACUCGCCCAGCAGAAGGGCUAGUCUCUAACUACAACCUAACAAUCUUCGUUAUGGCCGCCGAAAUCCGCCCAAUAUCGCAUGUUAUCAAGCUGAAACAGGAUCGCAUGGCCCAUCUCCAGCGGAUAGUUCGCCGAGACCGAAAAGAUCAAAUAUCCGGUGCAGAGCUGUCGGAAAUAUCAAGACGCUUAGCAGACAUAGAGGCGAGGACACUGGACCCCACCGUGAACAGCGACGUUGAGACAUCUAAAAUAAGUGCAAGUGUUCGACAGGGCCUUCAACCGCAGCUAGACGCGCUUAAUCGCGCUGUUCGACGAUAUGAGAAGCGGCAAGCAGCCCAGUCGAUCCAGAUCGAAGCUCGUUUCCUUGAGCUAGAUGCCAGACUGAAAGAUGCCCUUGCACUAGCAGCAGCAGCAGCUCGUACAGGCCAGCGUCCGGGCAUGAUCACAAUACUGUUCACCUGGAUUGUAGGGGUUUUAUCGUAUGGGAUAGAUACAAGUUGGGCAAUCGCGACGUAUCCGUUCCGACUCAUGAACGUUAUUGCACAGGAGAUGAAGUCAAUGUUCAUUGGGACUGAUCAGCAGCCUCGAAAACGAGUCAAGGGUCAGAAUAAUGGGGCUUCCUCGAUAUCGAUGCCUCGAAUGCAGGCAAGGAACGCAAGAUAA